AUGGUGGUGCUCUUUUUGAUCUUGCGCCAGAGCCAGCGUCGCCAGUACGUUCCCAGAACAUACAUCGGAGCUCUGCGCCAGCAUGAGCGCACUCCCGCACCAAAGCCCGGCCUCUUUGGCUGGGUCAGCUCCAUGUGGAGCCUGCCAGAUACCUACGUCCUGCGCCAUCAGUCCAUGGAUGCCUACCUGCUGCUGCGCUACCUCAAGAUCGCAACGGCUCUCUGCUUCUUUGGAUGUCUUAUCACUUGGCCCGUGCUUUUCCCAGUCAACAUCACCGGUCAUGGCGGCCGCCAGCAGCUUGAUAUGCUGGCCAUUGGCAACGUGGACGCCAAGCGUCCCGGCAAUCUGUACAGAUACUUUGCCCAUUGUUUCGUUGCUUGGGCUUUCGUCGGAUUCGUAUUCUGGAUGGUUACUCGUGAACUGCUUUACUUUAUCAACCUGCGACAGGCUUACUUCAUGUCUCCGUUGUAUGCGGAGCGCAUCUCCUCCAAGACUGUGCUCUUCACCUCGGUGCCGGAGGAGUACUGCGACGAGGCCAAGAUGCGCGCCAUGUACGGAAACGACAAGGUCAAGAAUGUCUGGCUCGUCACUGAUGUCAAGGAGCUCGAGAAACUCGUCGAGGAGCGUGAUAAGGCUGCCUUCCUACUUGAGGGUGCCGAGACCAAGCUCAUCAAGAUGGCCAACGUUGCUCGAGGCAAGGCCCUCCAGAAGGGAGGCGAAGUUGAUGACCCAGCUGCACAUGGAAAUAUCGGCGAAGCUGAGUCUGGCUCUGUUGCCGCACGCUGGGUUAAGCCAAACCAGCGACCAACCCACCGUCUCCUGCCCAUCAUUGGCAAGAAGGUCGACAGCAUCAACUGGGCCCGUGAGGAAAUCGGACGUUUGACCCCUGAUAUCGAUAACCUGCAGCGUAGCCACCUCAACGGGCAAGCCAAACGCAUCUCUGCCGUUUUCGUUGAAUUCAUCAACCAGAAUGAGGCUCAGGCUGCUUACCAAAUGUUGGCUCAUAACCUUCCGCUUCACAUGGCUCCUCGCUACAUCGGUAUCAACCCAAGUGACAUCAUCUGGUCUAACCUGCGCAUCAAAUGGUGGGAGCUCAUCAUCCGUUAUUCUGUCACUAUCGCUGCCGUUACUGCACUCAUCGUCUUCUGGGCUAUUCCCGUUGCCGCUGUUGGUGCCAUCUCAAACAUCGACUAUCUGAUGGCGAAGGUUCCAUUCUUGAGAUUCAUUGGCAAAAUCCCACCUGUGAUUCUCGGUGUUGUCACUGGAUUGCUCCCUACUAUCUUGCUUGCUGUCCUCAUGGCCCUGUUGCCAAUUGUUCUUAGGCUCCUUGCUAAGCUUGGAGGAUGCCCUACCAAGGCUGCCGUCGAGCUGCGCACUCAGAACUUCUAUUUUGGAUUCCAAGUCGUUCAGGUUUUCCUGGUUGUCACUUUGUCGUCCGCUGCUUCUAGCGCUGUCAGUGAUAUCAUCAAGAACCCUUCCUCCGCCCCUGGCUUGCUCGCUAGAAGCAUUCCAACUGCCUCCAACUUCUACAUCUCCUAUAUCAUUCUUCAGGGCUUGACCUUCAGCGCUGGCGCUCUUCUUCAGAUUGCUGGUUUGAUCAUCUCCAAGCUCCUCGGCAUGAUUCUGGACAACACUCCUCGCAAGAUGUACACCCGUUGGGCUACCCUUUCUGGUAUGGGAUGGGGCACCAUAUUGCCUGUUCUCACUAACCUCGUUGUCAUUGCUAACAUCUACCCAGCUAUCACUUAUGGAGCCAUUGCCCCCUUGGUUCUUGGAUUUGCUACCGUCGGCAUGUUGCUCUUCUACCUCUCUUUCCGCUACAACGUCUUGUACGUCAACGACACCGACAUCGACACCAAGGGCAUGAUCUAUCCACGCGCCCUCAAACAGACCCUCGUUGGCUGCUACCUCCUUAUUAUCUGUUUGAUCGGCCUUUUUGCCAUUGGUACUGCCUCUGACAGAUCCGCUACUGCCCCUAUGAUCCUUAUGAUUGUCUUCUUGGUGUUCACCAUCCUUUACCAUAUCUCCCUGGUCAAUGCUGUGAACCCACUUCUCAAUUAUCUGCCAAAGAAUCUCGAAGCCGUCGAACAGCAGCACCAGGCUCUUCUCGCCCAGAACAACAAUGGCCAGCCUGCUGCCCACAAUGGUGAUGUCGAGAAGGGUGAUGUUCGUGGUGCCACUAAUCAACCAAACAUGAUCGCUAAAUUCCUUGGACUCAACAAGUAUGAGGGCUACGAGCAGCUUCGCGAACUCGUCCCCCACGGUGCCUAUGACACUGACUACCCAGCCGAAGUGGAGAGAAACGCAUACUAUCAUCCCUCCAUCACUUCUACUGCACCUCUUCUCUGGAUUCCCCGUGAUGCUGCCGGCGUCUCUCGCCAGGAAGUCAUUCACACCAGCCGUUACAUUGGUAUCACUGACGAAGACGCCACCAUUAACGACCAGGGCAAGAUUGCCUGGGAUGAAGAAAGCGGCGCUCCUCCUAUCCAAGAGGAGAAGAUCUACUACUAG